GACACGAGAGUAACGGGCGGAUAUUUUCAAAAUGGAGGAAAUGGCAAAGUUUUGGAGGGGAACACAAGAACAACAUUUAUUUGCCCUCUGAGAGCCCACACGCCGACUAUCGAUGCCCUCGGUCGGCGGAGGAAUACUUUUACGAGCUUGCAUGCGUCUGCAAGCCGGAAAACAGGCGCGAUGAGUGUUUCCAUCGGCGAGAAGAUCGAGGAUUUCAAGGUCCUCACCCUCCUCGGCAAAGGCUCCUUUGCGUGUGUUUACCGGGCCAAAUCGGUGAAGACUGGCCUGGAGGUCGCCAUCAAAACGAUUGACAAAAAAGCAAUGCACAAGGCCGGUAUGGUGCAACGUGUGAUCAACGAGGUGGAGAUUCAGUGCCGGUUGAAACAUCCUUCUAUACUUGAGCUCUACAACUACUUUGAAGACAGCAACUACGUGUACUUGGUGUUGGAGAUGUGCCACAAUGGGGAGAUGAGUCGGCACCUUAAAGAGCGGAAAAUGUCUUUCUCCGAGGAUGAAGCAAGACAUUUCAUGCAUCAAAUAUUGAAGGGGAUGCUUUAUUUACACACCCACGGCAUCCUGCAUCGAGAUCUGACGCUGUCGAACCUUUUGCUGACGAGCAACAUGAACAUUAAGAUCGCAGACUUUGGCCUCGCCACUCAGCUCAAACUCCCAAAUGAAAAGCACUUCACCAUGUGUGGGACGCCCAACUACAUCUCCCCGGAGGUGGCCACCCACAGCGCCCACGGUCUUGAAUCCGAUGUCUGGUCCCUGGGCUGCAUGUUCUACGCCUUUCUGAUGGGCCGCCCCCCGUUUGACACUGACACGGUCAAACACACUCUGUCUAAAGUGGUUCUCGGCGAGUACGAUAUGCCGAGCCACAUUUCUCCAGAGGCUCAGGAUCUGAUCCAUCUCCUGCUGCAGAGGGACCCCGGCCAUCGUCCCAGCCUCUCUGCAGUGCUGGACCACCCGUUCAUGACCCAGAACCGGCUGGUUAGGACCAAGGAGCUGGGGGUGGGGGAGGACGGUUCCAUGGACAGCGGCAUUGCCACCAUCUCCACGGCCUGCACCUCCUCCACCUCGGCCGGCAGCAAUAGCCGCCUCCAGAGGAGGACCAGGCACGUGAUUGGCUCAGCCCUGCCUAACCGAAUGAUGCCUAUUCCAAUCCUCCCACGCCAAACCAACCCCGCCUGCUAUGAAGACGGCGACCAGUGGCAGCAGCAGCAUCAGGCGGAGCGAUUUCACAGAGAGGGGAGGAGCAGGGGGGUUCAAGGUGGAGACAGCGGGCAGCCUCACUCUCGCUACCUGAGGAGGGCUCACUCGUCAGAAUGCUCCGGCUCGUCGGCCUCCGGCCACGGGCCGAGUCACGCCGAGCUCGGGAGAUGUCACUCCGAGGAGAAUCUCACUGGUUUGGAAAGAACGGUCUUCCCGAUGUCCUCCACCCCGCACCCGUUUUCACAGCACGGAAAGCACCCGUCCCCCCCCGCCAAGCAGUCCCCAAACUCCGGGUAUUUGUUUCCCUCACAGAUUGCACAUCCACCAAACUCGCAAUUUCAAGACCUGGAGGGAGUUACGAAUUGGCUCAACAAUGAGGGUUCUGGGCAGAGACCCACAGACAACAGCACUCACAGCAGCGGCGGCGGCAGCUUCCACAGCAGCAGAGGUCCUUUGGGGGUCCACAAUUCCUGGACAGACAAACCCAUGAGCCGAGGUGUAAACCCUCAUCACAACCUGGCCUCCAGCUGCGACUCGUACAGGGAGAAUCUACCCGGAGCAGAGUUCCAACCUCCUCGCGGCAGCGAAUUAAAGCUCCCACCCGGCGUGGCUAAAGAGAAGAAAACGCUGCGAGACGUCGUCCCGCCUCUGUGCGCGUCCAGAUUAAAGCCCAUCCGACAGAAAACCAAAAACGCCGUGGUGAGCGUCCUGGACACGGGGGAAGUGUGUAUGGAGUUGUUAAAAUGCCACGGUGGUCAAGAGAGGGUCAAAGAAGUCCUUCGGAUUUCCUGUGACGGUUCGAUGGUGACAAUAUACCAGCCCAAUGGUGGGAAGGGGUUUCCUGUCUUGGACUGUCCUCCUGCUCCUCCAGAAGAUAUUCUGAUCUGUAGCUACGAGGACCUUCCAGAAAAAUACUGGAAGAAGUACCAAUACGCCUCCAAGUUUGUGCAGCUCGUGAAAUCCAAAACUCCUAAAGUGACCCUUUACACCAAAUAUGCAAAGGUCAUGCUGAUGGAGAACUCUCCCAAUGCAGACCUGGAAGCUUGCUUCUAUGACGGCGCGAAGACUCACAAGACGUCCGAGCUGGUGCGAGUGGUGGAGAAGAGCGGGAAGUCGUACACCGUGAAGGGCGAGGCGGGGCUGAGCGGCCUGAGCCCGGAGAGCCGGCUGCACGUGGAGCUGUCCGAUGAGGGCCACAGCAUGUGUUUGUCCCUGGAGGCCGCCAUCACCGCCGAGGAGCAGCGCAGCACCAAGAAGGUCCCCUUCUUCCCCAUAACGAUUGGCAGGAGACCUGCCAACCCAGACACUCCGGGCUCGUCAGCCCUGCCCCCCCACCCGGUGCCUCCUGAUACUUCACCUCCUAAACCUCCUCAAAUCACUCCUUCGAUGAUCUCCUACGAUGGGUCAGAUUUCACCACGGCCAGUGUGAGUAAGAAAUGCUCCCCACUGCAACAGGACACGGGAAAAGUGGUGAAGUCCAUAUUCGUGCCCAAUGUCGGAUGGGCGUCCCAGCUGACGAGCGGAGAGGUGUGGGUGCAAUUCAACGACGGCUCUCAGCUGGUGGUUCAGGCCGGAGUUUCCUGCAUCACCUACACGUCUCCUGAGGGGAGGAUCACCAGGUACAAGGAGAACGAGAAGUUGCCCGAGCACGUCAAGGAGAAACUGCACUGUCUCUCCACCAUCCUGGGACUGCUGGCCAACCCCACAGCGUAUCAUCCACAAGCUCAUUAACACCACCCAACAUCCCAGCAGCACUGAGCCACGGAAACCUUUGUAUUGCCUUUUGUCUUGUAAAUAGAUCUUUGUUUUUGUUUUUUUACAUGUACAGAAGACUAAGAUUAUGAAAAUAUAUAUUUUUAUUUUAAUAAGCAACCAUUUUGUGUCAGUGGAUUUGAUGAAAAAAGUUUUGAAACUGUCUGAUGAAAUGAUUCAUAAACGCUGAGUCAAUAAACAUCUGGAGGCUGGGGUUCAGAAAUGUU